UAUGUUUAAAUAAUUUUAUUUCCGUUUCCUAGUACCCCAAUAAGACGGUAGCCUUGGUGGCCUCAGACAUCCUUCACCUCCUCAUCAGUUACGUGGAUCAUCUUCAGAAAUUCCCCCCUGACACUCCAAAGAAGAUUGUAGAGAUUCUGAUUGCCACUAUCACAUAUCUGCUGCCUAGCACCGAGUCCUCCUCUUACGAGCUGGAUAAGAGGCUAGUAGUUUCCCUUCUGUUGUGCUUGUUGGACUGGGUGAUGGCUCUGCCCCCAAAGACUCUUCUCCAGCCUGUACAAACACGAAGCCCUCCAGAAAAGGAGCAACCGACCAAAACGCUGCUCAGCUGUAUUUACAAGGUCCUGCAUGGGUGCGUUUAUGGAGCGCAGUCUUUCAGCAGUCCCAAGUACUUCCCACUGCAGCUGUCGGACCUGUCGAGUUCAGACUACGACCCGUUCCUGCCAUUGGAGAGCCUCCGCGAACCAGAACCUCUGCACAGCCCAGACUCGGAGCGCUCCAGCAAACUGCAGCCCGUCACUGAAGUUCGUAGCCGUAUCCAGCAAGGCCUGGUUUCCAUUGCAGCCAGAACCGUUAUAACCCAUCUGGUGAAUCAUCUGGGACAUUAUCCAAUGUCCGGAGGGCCCGCAACUCUGUCCAGUCAGGUGUGUGAAAACCAAGACAACCCGUUCUGUGGGAGUCCAGAUCUCGGACCAGAACUCUUCAAUUCGCCAAACCUUCAGUUUCUGGUUCUGAACGGCUCCACCCUGCUGUCUGUUCUCCAGAUCCGAGCAGAGUCCGGUGUCCCGGGAGGAGGAAUGACGGCUGGCUUGUCCUCUGCUCCUGCUUGCGUCCGUGUCAUCAUCCGAGAUGUCGCAGGAAAACACUCCUGGGACUCGGCCGUCCUCUACGGGCCUCCGCUGUGCUCCCCGAACAGUCCAGCGCGCACGCUUUUAACACAGAUGCAGUCGCCGCGCAGCGCAAACCUUCAAUUAUGCACUCCACCAGGAGGUCCGCAGAACAAGAUGGAGUUGAAGGAGGAAGAUGAUGAAGCAGACGGGCAGGAGGAGCGGGGGCCAGAGGAGGAAGAAGGAGAGAUGGAAAGUGACAGACAAGAGUUUCAAGUAGCCGAGGAGGAAGGAAAAGUCGGUGAUGAGGAGAGGGAAGAUCCAGGAGGAGGGGGAAACGUUGAACCCGUGGAAGAGAUAGAGCAGCAGGAGGAGGAGGCAGAGAUGCAUGUCCAUCACGCGGACGAGGAUUCGGGUUCGGAAAAGCUUCUUGCUCCACCACUAGCUAAGCGAGUGUGUCGGGAGGCGGUGCCAGCAUGGAACUCUCUGGAAGAUGGAGAUGAUGCGCUGGAUGAGAUGCUGCAGUACCUGGGUUACUCGAGUCCAGAGUGUCUACAGAGAGCAGGCAUGCCACUCAACAUCCCGGCCCCCCCUCCAGGGUGUGUGUCAGAGAAGCAGGAGAACGAUGUGAUCAACGCCAUCUUGAAACAGAGUGCUGCAGAGCGAGAGUUUGUCCUUCACAGAGGUGAGGAGCUGAACAUGAGAGCAACGCAGCAGACCGAACCAGAGGCUGAGACGCCUCAGUCGGCCUUCUACUAUUGUAGGCUGCUCAUCAACAUACUGGGACUCAACUCCUGGGAGAAGAGGAGUAACUUUCAUUUGUUGAGGAAGAACGAGAAGUUACUGAGAGAGCUGAAGAACCUAGACUCACGGCAGUGCCGAGAGACUCAUAAGAUCGCAGUAUUUUACGUGGCUGAAGGCCAAGAGGAUAAACACUCCAUACUCACCAACACCGCUGGCAGCCAGGCUUAUGAAGACUUUGUUUCAGGACUGGGCUGGGAGGUCGACCUCAAGACUCACUGUGGGUUCAUGGGAGGCCUUCAGAGAAAUCACAGCACUGGCCAGACGACGCCUUACUAUGCCACAUCCACGACUGAAGUCAUCUAUCAUGUGUCCACUCGCAUGCCCCCUGACCAGGAUCAGAAUCUCACCAAAAAGGUACAAAUAUGACACCAACAAAAAGGGGGAAUUCAUAAAGCAAUGCAAUUUAUUUGCUUAUUUGCCACAAUUUUGCCUGCGCUGCCUUUAUUUCUCGUAGCCGAUCACACUAUAGAUGCUGAUACAAACAUCUAAGCAGUGUGCCGCUGUUUCUGUAGCGAACUGUAAUUUUUCUCUCAGCCUCAAAUGGAGCAGGAAGUAGAAACUAUUAUCUGUCCGGAAAUUGAGAUUAUUAAUCUAAUUGGAGCGACGGCGGCUCAGGAGGCAGGGGUCUGUUCUGUAACACCUGCUCUGUCCAUCUCAGUCGUGUCCUGGUAACCCUGACCUAUUACAUUUUUAGGAUGUAAAGCAUCUUGAAAUGCCUCGUUCCUGAAACGUACAAUGCAAAUAAGCUUGGUUGAUUGAUUGGACCCUAAUCAUUAGAAUAAUUGAUAGAAGAAUCAACUUACUGAAGUUUUUUUUUACAAGUAUGGUAACCUGCACUGAUGGUAAUUUUAUCAGUGGCACACUGUGUUUUCUGCUUUCUUUGUAACAUCUUUAAAUGUGUCCAUGAGACACAUCAGACUUUUCUGUUUCCUAAAAUCAUCAAGCAAACAAGCUUUCAGCUAAACAGAGUCAAAUGUCUCACAAAAUAACCAGUCACGCAUCCAGUGCCAUUUUAUUUGUAAAAACAUUGUUUUUUUUUAAUUUAACAUCUUUGAAUGCUAAUUUGAUAAAUUAAAUCGCUCCUGAUAUUGUUGCUUUCUCUUGGCUAAAUGGCAGGAAUUGAUUGUUGUAUCCUUUUUAUUUUAAAUUUAUCACAAUAAAACUGUUUCAAUGAAUUAAAUUAAACUCUCUCAUUUAGAAGAUUGAAUGUUCAACAUUAAUAGUAAGCAGAAAUGUAUGUUAUUUGCUGCUGUGUUCUGUUAGCGCCGUCUUACUCAGUAAUCCUGCCUUGGUUGGCCUGGCAAUCAUGUCUGCAUUUGUUGUGAGGCUCGUAUAAGUGCCUAGGCAGGCAGGUUUUAUUGUAUGUGUCUAUAUCUGUGUGUGUGUAAUCACACCUGUCACCCCCCAGGCUCCGGGUGCUCUGCACAUGGCCAUAAUGUCCUUUUAAUCAGAUCAUACUUCCUGCUUCUUGGCCUAUCACAUCGCUUCAGGCAGCUGAUUGGAUUAGCAGCGUCUGGCCCGACACCAUCCGUCUCACUGAUCAGCUGAUGGUCCCAUCAAACAUGCAUAGUCACAUACACACACCUGCGCGCGCGCGCACUCACGCAGGAUUUAAACCUGUUUAACACACAUCCACAGAGGAUUUUUAUUAACCUCAUUCUGAGCACGGCUAUAAAUUUGUAUUGGCGCUGCAGCGAGACGCGCAUACAGCCAUAACACGUUAGGCUUAGACGUAAAAACGCGUGCAGACAGCGCUUGGCGAACGUGUCCGCAAACGGUCUAAAUGGACACACAAACGCACAUUGGUCCUGGCAAGCGUUUAUCUUCCAUCCUCCUGUAACACUCACACAAACACAAUCAGUUUAGGCCUUCGCAGGGCUCCUGUCCAGGUUUCCCUCUUUGCUGGGCCGUGGUUGUCUUAUCGCAGCACAACUGCGAGGGUAAAAGGAUUAAAGGAGCAUUACACCAACUGAUGUGACAUUGCUCUGAUCUUCUUUAUGAAAAAAAAAAAAAAAAAAAAACUGGAUUUAAAAAAAAAAAAAAA